UUUUCGUUGUGCUCGUUUUGUGUGGAGUGUUUUUUGUUGCGCCCGGAAAAAAGCCGGAGAAAAAUUGCAACUUUUAUAUUGUGUUAAACCGAGCAGAGAAUAAUUUCAUUAAUAAUGAACAAGGAGCAAGAUCAUGCCUCAGAUAGUGACGAGAGCGACGAAGACUUUUGUCCCGAUAACGUAAACGAAGAAGACGUUUCCGUCGACGAGGAAGAAGACGACGACGAGAGCGAAUUGGAGGAAGAGGACGAAUCAAGUGAAAAAAAAGGCAAAGCAGCAGCGAAAAGCAAAGUGAAGAACAAAGUAAAGGACACUGAGUCUUCAACAUCCUCCGCACGCAGCACACGGCAAACAGAAGCCAAACAGAAUGGACGAACGACAGCCGAAAAAGACGAAUUAGAAUCCGAUGAGGAGGCGGAUAAAUCCCGGUCCGAUGCGUUGUGGGCAGAUUUCCUGGGCGACAUUGAAACUGAACCGAGCAAGUCCAGCCGGGACACAAAACCCAAAGAAAAGCCGCCAUCGCCCGUCAAACGCACACCUCCAGCCACAAGUAAAGCGAUUGAGGUACUGGAAUUUGCCGGUGAACCCGUGAAAAGUGUUCCCAGCUCCAGUUCCAGUGCCAAAGAGAAUCAGGAGCAACCGGCCACAAUCAGUGCCAAGGAGGCGACACCACGUCCGCCAUUUGGAGUCGGCAAACGCCCAGCCAACGGAGGCGGAGGCGGCGGAUUAGGUUCAUUGCUCAAUCAGCUGGGCAAGAAGAAAAAGCUGUCAGUACUGGAGAAGUCGCAGAUGGAUUGGAAGUCUUUCAAGAGCGACGAGGGCAUCGAUGAGGAGCUGCGCACCCACAACAAGGGCAAAGAUGGGUACUUGGAGCGCCAGGACUUCUUGCAGCGCACGGAUCUGCGCCAGUUUGAGAUUGAGAAAGGCAUGCGACAAUCGCGUCGACAAAACUAAAGCUGCGCCCAGAACUGUAUCCACUUCCAAGCACAAGCAACCGACAACACCCAUUCACACUCACAUUCACUGCACACAUUCUCUCUCUGUAAGAUUAAGAUAUGCAUAAUACUUAAGUUCCAAGCUGCCGCCAUCCUGCUGGAUGUGGCCCAAGAAAAAUAGAAACUACAAAGCGUUAAUCCAAUACAUUCAAAUUAACUAUAAACCAAAUAUACAUAUGGACAUCGAAAAGCA